AUGUUAGCAGUUUCUGAAGAGGCAAAAGCACUUUAUGUUAUUUAUAGAGGAUCGACUAUUGAUAGACAACUUUUUCAAGAAUUUAUUCACGGAAUAGCAGCUCAAUUAGGAGCUUGGGAAAAAUUUGUGAAUGGCUCUGGGGUUAUGACUUAUUUUCAUGGAGCUUUUAGACGUCUUUUUCUUGAAGGGGGAAUGAAAACACAAUUAUUAAAAUUAAAAGAAAAACAUGAAGGAUAUCGAAUUUGGGUAACUGGCCAUUCAUUGGGCGGUUCUUUAGCUUCAAUGACUGCUUUAUAUUUAGUUAAUCAAACAAUGUUUUCACCUGAUAGAGUUAAAUUAGUAACUUUUGGAGAGCCUAGAACUGGAAAUUUAAAUUAUGCUAAAGCUGUUGAAUUAAAUGUUCCUUUUCGUUAUAGAGUUAUUAAUAAAAAUGAUAUUGUAAGUUUUUUUAUUUUAAAUUAUUUAAAAAUUAGAAGUAGGGGAAAAUUAAAAUUACCUAGCAAUGCAACAACAACAACCUCUAUAAGGAAUGGCCCCAAUUAA